AUGCUGCGCCUGCUGCCAUGGCUCCGUGCUCUGACCCGGGAGAGCGCGCGGCCCGGAGUCCUGCAGGGCCUGGCUGCUGGUGACCGGAGCGGGGCCGGGAUGUAUCCCGCCUGCUACUGUGCAGGCAAAGCGAAGGGGCGGGCUGUGCUGCUCCCCCUGGACCCCUACGGCCAUGGGCUGCUGCACACCUUUCCCCCGGACACCUACAGGACUCGAGGCCAUGGCAAGAGGAAGAGCUGGAACUUCAUCCACGAGAAGAUGAGUUAUGACACCUUCUUCACAAUGAAGCGUCUGAUAGAGCGCUCGCGCAGUGUGGGGGAAGUGCUGCGGUGGGUCACGCAGAACCCCAGCAAGGUGUCCGCCAGCCACUACCCCAUCGCCCUGCACAAGCUGGGCCAGCUCUUACAGCAGCAGCAGCAGGCCACGGUGAACGGGGAGAGCCGCGGGCCUGGCCAGGUGCUGGAGCAGCCGGAGUUUCAGACUCUCUGUCAGGCCAUCAUCAGCGGCUGCUCCAAGUUUGAUAACUUCAGCAUUGUCAACUGCCUGUACGCCGCUGCCGCGCUGGGCCUGCCUGGGGAAUCGCCGCUGGUGCGAGUGCUGGAGGACGAAUCCCGCAGCCGCCUGGGCCGCUUCAACCAGAAGGACGUCUCCAUGGUCUUCAGCAGUGUGAUGAGGCUCCACCCGUCCAGCCCCCACCCCCUGGUCGAGUCGUGCCUCAGCAGUUUGGAGCGGCACCUGGAGAAGGAGCGGCACCCCCAGACCCUCUUCCUGCUCCUCUCCUACUACCGGCUGCGGGCGCAGGCACUGCAGGGACACCCGGCCUCCGACCAGCAGCUGAUCAACAACCGCAAGAUCCUGCGCCUCGUCAGGCACACGCUGGGGCAAGUGAGCGCCAUGCGGGAGCACGAGCUGGCCCUCUUGGACGAGAUGCUGGCUCUGUGCGCCCAGGAGGCGAACAACAAGGCCCUGGAGGCCAUCUUCAGCUCUCAGCUCUUCUACGAGAACCGCCAAGAGCGCUUCAUCCGCAGCAUGGCAGAGUGGCUCCCCAGGAAGGCGGAGAACCUCACCCCCUACACUAUGGCCCUCAUUGCCAAGUACGUGGCCCGGCACCGGCUGCGGGAGCCGCGGCUGCUUGAUACCAUCGCAAACUUCCUCCUGAAGCGUGGGGAGCAGCUCGACAGCAAGGUGAUCCAGAAGCUGGUGUUUCCCUUCAGCCGCAUGAAUUACCGCCCAUCCAACCACAGCGAGCUCUUCCCCAAGCUGGAGGCCAUCCUGGAGCAGAAAGCCGGCAGCUCACCCCUGGCGACCGUCAACAUCCUCAUGUCCAUGUUUCAGCUUAGCCACUUCCCCCAGACCGUCCUGCACCAAGUCUUCUCCCCAGCCUUCAUCACCAACGUUAUGAGUAUGUCGGGCCUUUUCCAGGGUAAACGCAGCCGUUACAGCUCGGGGCUGGGCUACAAGGGGCUGGUGGCCGAGGCCCUGCGGCAGCUGGUGGGAGAGGAGUGCUAUCGGCAGGACGAGGUGCUGCCCCCGGGAUACUGCACAGGAAAAAUCAGCGGGGGCGACUUCCUGCUGUGGAUUAACCGCUCAGGCACUGUGCUGCCUCUCUCCCGAGUCCCUGCGGCUUCCAAGGCUCCCUCUGCCCACGCUACAACAUCCCCUGCCGCCAUUUCCUUGCGCUCGAGCGUCCUGGCCCUCACCUCGGACUUGCAGGACUUUGCCCCGUUUGCUCCAGAGACGCCAAGCAGCCCCCUGGGCUCCCGGGAGAGCAACCUGGCCGGGCGGUUCCUGCCCACGCUUUGCCCUGCCCCGGGGGGCCCCUGCCACCAGCCCCCCUCGGACUAUUACUGCAGCCUGAGCAAAGAGUCUUCCCUGGAGAGCCAGGGCAGCUCAACGCACCGUCUCUCGGAGCAGGCUGUGGGGCAGAGCCCCGAGGGCUGGAAAUGGCACCUGAGGUUCUCAGCCAAGGACUGCCCUGCGCAGCCCCAGCCCGUGUCGCUGCCCCUCGGCAGGGUCUCGGAGCCCCCGGGAGAGCUUCUCUUGGCUGAAGCGUGUGCCGUGGCUACCCCUAGUCCUGCUCCGUUGGCGCUGGUGGUGCCUUCUGCCGUGCUGGACCAGCUCCCAGCCCCCAACGGGUUUUGGCCCCCGAUAGCAAUGCAGAAGGAACGCUGGUGGCGGCUGGAGCCUCCUGUCGUGGUCCCC